AUGCCGAGCAGGGAAUCACUUUCCGUUUCGACUGCCUACGUAGUAAUAUUAUGCGUGCGAGUGAGCAAGUUUAGGAGACUCAGAGCAGGGCAUUUACAACCCGGCAAGCCGCAACCCAACUCUGUAGACCGUAAACUCACGAUACUCACAAGUGCUACCGCCCCGGUGCUCAAUGUCCCGAUCAGACCCUUCACUAAAGCACUCCAAAGCUCAGAUCAAGCGCUCGCCAAGGAUAUUCGCCGUACACCAGCGGGCGUUCUAGACUCCCUGAAAUUCAAAUUCCCGUCCCAAAAUUUCUCCAACUCACCACCCCAACAGGCCCAACUAGUAGUUUUCGUCAAGUAA